AUGAUGGAUUUAAUGGUCUUUAUAGUUGUUUGUUUGAGCCUAACAUAUUGCAAAAUUGAUGCUAGAAGCAAUACUUUAUUAGAAGGGGAAAAUCAUUUCACUCGAUCUAAUAACCUUAGGAAAAUUCAGCAUCAAGUGGACAGAGAUUUUUACUGUGUUGAUAUCUACGAGCAACCUGCUCUACAACACCCUUUACUAAAAAAUCACAAAAUUCAGCUUUAUCCCACCUUUGCAAAGAACGUCAUACAAAGUAGUCUCUCUUAUAGUAAAAUUAUGGAUGGAAAUGCGGAUAAAUGUUUAGCGGGAAAAGUUCCUAUUUACAAAAGGAGAAAAGUUCAUCAAAUUAAUACUAAUUUAUCUUCAAGAUUACAAACGGAUGAUUUUCAGCAGUAUUCAAGAAGUUCUCCUGGCUAUCAUGUAAGUGAUUAUUUUAAUGAACACAUUUCUCGUUAA